UCUGCACGAUUUAUACUCAUUACCUCUUUCCCGCGGCCCAUUACAGCCGGUCUAGUUAUGUGUUCGCCGGUGUGCUACGUUCGCUCGGCUGAAACAGGAGAUGACGGAGAUAAUCGGCCGCGAGAAUUAAGGGGCAGCAUUCUAAAUAUCUAACAUGAUGCGUCUGCACCCGGUGAUUCAUACUAAGGUAUAAACCCGCGAUACUUUCUAAUUGAAGCUAAAUCUCUUGUAUAUAUGGUGUUUCUCCGCCAUCCACACAACCACCCCACAAAAUACCUGCCGAGACCAUGGCGAGAAUGAAGGUCUUAAUUAACGGCGGGGGUAUCGCCGGUGGCGCCCUCGCAUUCUGGCUCUCGAAGAUCGGCCACGAAGUCACGGUGCUCGAAUGGUUUCCCACACUGCGAACUACCGGACUUAAACUAGAUAUGCGAGGUCAUGGGAUCGAAGUCAUGAAGCGUAUGGGCCUUGAGAAGGAUUUCCGGACAAGGAUGGCUCCAGAACAAGGUCUACAGAUAGUCAACCAUGUGGGUAAACGGCGAGCCCUCUUCCCGGCGAACAAGUCUGGCAAAGGACUGCAGAGCUUCACGACCGAUUAUGAGAUCAUGAGGGGUGAUCUAUGUCGCCUCUUAUACGACCACUCCAGGGAUCGGACCAAGUAUGUCUUCGGGACGUCAGUCGAAAACUUCGAGCAGAACGAUAACGGGGUGAAUGUUAGACUUACGGAUGGCAAGAAAGGCCGAUUCGACCUCCUGGUUAGUGCAGAUGGGCAAAAUUCAAGAACACGUAGGAUGAUGCUCGGGUCCGACUCGGAAGGACUCCACCCGCUCCGCGGAAUUUACAUAGCAUAUUUCACGAUGAAUAAGCCGAUUAAAAAAGGAGAAGAAUAUCUCGCGACAGCAUACACCGCCACCGGAAGACAUGGGCCUCGUCAAGCUAGACUCGUGGUCCCGCGGACGCGUAGCCCUCGUAGGAGACGCCGCGUACUGCCCCACUGCGAAUACGGGGAUGGGAACUACGUCCGCUAUCGUAGGCGCAUACGUCCUCGCCGAAGAAAUCGGUAGAUACUGCAAGAACAGCACCGGUGAGCUAGACAA